AUGGAGAUAGUAGAAAAGGUGGUUCUUCCAUUGCUCCUCCCGAACCCACCCCCACCACCACCUCAACCCUCGUCCCCUUCUUCUUCCAAACCCAAUUCUGUUGGAAUGACCAGUAUUCCGACCCCUCCGAACCCUAUCCCUCCCUCAACCUCAGCACCGCCAAUCACCACUCUUAUCCAUGACCUCAAUACCAGUUCCAGUUCUCGUCCCCCACGCCGCGUGGCUCUGGGGAAGUCCUUCGACCCCAACCGCGGCAAGCCAUGGUCUUCUCACGGCCUUUCUCCUUCAGGUCAGCAAAUUCUCACCACCAUAAUUCGUUCCAAUUCCAAUUCCAUUUCCACUCACUUAGAUCAUAUUCUGCGUCCCCUUUUGGACCAACCAAAUCCCGCUUCCGACAUAUUGGGGAUAAUCAAGUCCUUAGGCUUUAACAACAAAUGCGACCUUGCCCUCGCCGUCUUCCAAUGGGUUCGCACCACCCACCAUUCUGUUCCGCUUUUCACCACUUCUGCUAUCACCGUCAUCAUCAAAAUUCUCGGAAAAGCGGGCCGGGUCUCUUCAGCCGCCUCCCUUCUCCUCGCCCUCCAAAAUGACGGCGUUCACAUUGACGUCUAUGCCUACACCUGCUUGAUAAAUGCCUAUUCCAGUAGCGGCAGGUACAGGGACGCCGUCAACCUCUUCAACAAGAUGCAACAAGACGGCUGCAAUCCCACUCUCAUCACUUACAACGUCGUUCUGAAUGUCUACGGCAAAAUGGGCAUGCCUUGGUCCAACGUCACGGCCCUCGUUGACUCCAUGAAGUCGCGUGGGGUUGCCCCCGAUCUCUACACUUACAAUACGCUUAUAAGUUGCUGUCGCCGCGGUUCUCUCUACGAAGAAGCCGUUCACCUCUUUGAGCAGAUGAAGCUGGAAGGUUUCACUCCUGACAAGGUUACCUACAAUGCUUUAUUGGAUGUUUUUGGCAAGUCCAGACGCCCCAACGAGGCUAUGCAGGUCCUCAGAGAGAUGGAAGCCAAUUCCUUUUCUCCCACCAUUGUUACCUACAAUUCCUUGAUAUCUGCUUGUGCUAAAGGUGGUUUGUUGGAGGAGGCUCUCCAGCUUAAAACCCAAAUGCUGGAUAAGGGUAUUCAGCCUGACGUCUUUACCUACACCACCCUCUUGUCUGGAUUUGAGAAGGCUGGAAAAGAUGAGUUUGCCAUCCAAGUUUUCGAAGAAAUGAGGGCCGUGGGAUGCAAGCCUAAUAUUUGCACCUUCAAUGCCCUUAUUAAGAUGCAUGGCAACCGAGGAAAGUUUGCGGAAAUGAUGAAAGUUUUCGACGAGAUCAAGGUUUGCAAUUGCUCCCCUGAUAUUGUUACUUGGAACACCCUUCUGGCUGUGUUUGGACAAAAUGGAAUGGACUCCCAGGUGUCUGGAAUAUUUAAAGAAAUGAAGAGAGCAGGGUUUGUGCCCGAGAGGGAUACUUUUAACACUCUUAUUAGUGCCUACAGCAGGUGUGGCUCCUUUGACCAGGCAAUGGCAGUUUACAAGAGCAUGCUCGAAGCUGGAGUGGUUCCGGAUCUUUCUACCUAUAAUGCUGUUUUAGCAGCUUUGGCCCGAGGAGGGCUCUGGGAACAAUCUGAGAAAGUCCUUUCUGAAAUGAAGAACGGACGGUGUAAACCUAAUGAGCUAUCAUAUUCUUCUUUGCUUCAUGCUUAUGCCAAUGGUAAGAAGAUUGAAAGGAUGAAUGCUUUUGCCGAGGAGAUAUACUCCGGCUAUAUUGAAAUUCAUCCUGUUCUUUUGAAGACCCUUGUUUUAGUAAACAGCAAGAGUGAUCUCCUGAUGGAGACAGAACGUGCCUUUUUGGAGUUAAAGAGUAGAGGAUUUUCGCUUGACAUAACUACUCUGAAUGCAAUGCUUUCCAUAUAUGGGAGGAAGCAGAUGGUGGCCAAAGCCAACGAGAUUUUUAACUUCAUGCAGGACAGGGGAUUUUCUCCCAGUUUGACUACGUAUAAUAGCUUGAUGUAUAUGUACAGCCGUUCUGAAAACUUCCAAAAAUCGGAAGAAAUCUUGCGGGAAGUUCUGGAGAAGGGUAUGAAACCUGAUAGAAUUUCAUACAAUACUGUUAUUUAUGCAUAUUGCAGAAAUGGUAGGAUGAAGGAGGCUUCGCGAAUAUUUUCUGAAAUGAAAGAAUCUGCACUUGUUCCUGAUGUUGUAACUUACAACACAUUUAUUGCAACUUAUGCUGCUGACUCAAUGUUUGCUGAGGCUAUUGAUGUUGUUCGAUACAUGAUCAAGCAGGGAUGUAAACCAGACCAAAAUACUUAUAACUCCAUUGUUGAUUGGUAUUGUAAGCUCAACCGUCGAGAUGAGGCCAACAGAGUUGUUAAAAGCCUUCGGAGUCUUGACCCACAUGUUUCCAAGGAGGAGGAAACGAGGUUACUUGAGAGAAUAGCAAAAUUGUGGCCAUGA